AUGGCGUCCCAAAACGUCAACAUCCUAUUGUCGACCUUUCCCGGUCUCUCACUUCCAUCAACACUCUCCUUCGCGCUACCAUCAUCAUCCAGCGUCGCUGACCUGACGGACAAAAUCGCCUCAUACCUGCCUCCUUCUCUGCCACUCAAUCGUCUGGUCUUGACAACAACCAGCAACAAGCAACUUCUCCCCUCAUCCGAAUCCAUCGCAUCCUACCUCAUCAGCACCAAUGACAACCUCGCCACAGCCUCCAUUCUCCCCCUCCGCCUCAGCGCCCCCCUAUGCGGUGGUAAGGGAGGUUUCGGAUCCCAGCUCCGUGCCGCUGGUGGGCGGAUGUCCAGCAAGCGCAAGCGCAACCAAGGCGACGACAAUGGAUCCAGCCGCAACCUCGAUGGCCGUCGUCUACGCACAGUCAACGAAGCCAAGGCAUUGGCCGAGUACCUCGCUCUCAAGCCAGAGAUGGACAAGAAGGAGAAGGAGGAGCGCCGGCGUCGGUGGCAGGCUGUUGUCGAGGCGGCGGAGAAGCGUCAGGAGGAGCUGAAGAACGGGGGUGGCAAGCAGAAGAUUGACGGUCAGUGGAUGGAGGACAAGGACGAGAUGAAUGAGAAGGCGAGAGAGGCGGUUCUUAUGGCUAUGAAGGAUGGUAUGUGGACGGAUAACUUGCGCGAUACGAUUCUGGGCGGAUCAAGCACAAGUGCUAGCCCGAGUGAGGGAAGUGGUCAGGAGACGCCCUCUAGCUCCGAGGAGGAAAGUGACGAUGAGCAGGAGAUGGAGGAUGCACCUGGACCGUCGUCGGCCGAGCCGGCGCGCAGUGCUGCACCUCGGCGGUAUAUUGGUUUUGAUGAGGAUGACGAGUUUAUGAGUGACUCGGAGGAAGAGGAGGAGGCUGAGGAUCCUAAGGGUAAGGGAAAAGCGAAGGCUUGA